AUGACACCCUCCAUCGUGGAGGCACUGUCGACUGUUCAACCACCAGAAACACCAGACAGCGAAGAUCAUGACAACGAAAACAAGACCCAAGAAUCACCACAACCUACAAACGAACCUUCUCUAGACGAUCCUCAAAUAGGAAAGCCCAUAUCUCAUGGCCAAAUUGUCGAGCUAUGGAAACGCUCACAGGCACAAGACGAUACAAACUACGCUCUCGAACAACUCAUUCGGGGCGCAUCCGUCUACAUUCCUCCACCACCUCCCAAACCUGAACCUUCACCUGAAUACAAAGCGCUUAUGGCCCGUCUCCGCCGCCAAGAAGAAGCCCGCUCCUACGAACGAAUGAUGAACCCUGCCCCCAAAUUCGAAACCUUCAAAGACCGCUUCCCUUCCAGCGCCGCCGCCUUUGCAGAAGUCAACCGUCCUACAUCGGCUUCAGAUAUUGGCGACGAGGAUAUUGCGAUGGAAGAAGUGCACAAGCAAGUGACGCUGAUCAUCAACUUCUUGGUCAGUAUAGCUGGCGUUGCUGGAACACUGUGGGUUACGGCGCGAUGGUGGAGUUUGCCCGCGAGAUUAUUCCUGACUAUGGGUGGGAGUAUACUCGUUGCUAUCGCGGAGGUGGUAGUUUAUAAUGCGUACUUAUGGAAGAUGGACGAGGGGAGAAAGAAGCAUGGCAAGGUCAAGGAGGUGAGGGAAGUUGUAGAGAGUUGGACUGUGAGUAAGGCUGAUGACGAGGACGAGAAGACGAUACUCCUUAAAGAAAAGGACGAUACGGGGAUCAUCAAAUCAGCGAAUGGAGGUUUGAACAAAAGGUCGAGACAUCGACAAGAUACAGAAUCUUAA